AUGAGAAAGAACAGAGGUUUCAGGCUAAGACACAAGCUAGUGAGAAUCUUCAAAUGGAUUGUCCGACCCAGAAAAGACCCUAACCGAUUACAGAGACUGGAGCCUCCGACCCAAAACUACAACCCCAUUUCCAAAUUCUUCACCUUGGCUCGGUUUCUUCCGCGUGGAGCAAAGCAGCUCUGUUCCGCAAACUCGGGUUAUAUUCGGAUCCGUGAAGCCCCGGUUGAAACCAAAGUUGCAAAACCAGUUUCUGUACCGAAAGGGCAUCUGGCUGUGUACGUGGGCGAAUCAGGUGAUGACACGCAGAGGUAUUUAGUGCCUGUGAUGUACUUUAAUCACCCGCUGUUCGGGGACCUGUUGAAGGAGGCAGAGAAGGUUUACGGGUUCAAUCAUCCGGGUCGGAUCGUGAUACCAUGUGAGGUUUCGGAGUUUGAGAAGGUGCAGAUGAAGAUUGCCGCAGGGGAUCAAUGCCCAAGGCGGAGAAGGAAAAGCCGUUGCUAG